UAGGUGGUUCUAGUCACAUCUUUGUUCUUUCAUUCUGCCAUUUUCUCUCGCCUUUAACAACUUCUUAGAGUUUGUGUGAUCUUUCUGUGUCUUCUGGCCUCACUGCUCAUCUUACCUGUUCUUUCUACCUGUCCCUCCCUCCCCAACUCCAUUUAGCUCCCCACCCCGAAGGGGAAAGAUCCUAUAUUGAAGAGCUUAUUCAUUAUAAACUUACAUUGGGUUGGUCCUUGGUUUUAAUUUAACUCACAUAGUUAAAAGUGAUAGAUGAGGCGGAGUCGUUCGCCGCUGGCCCAGCCGGGGCCCUGUUGCCAGGGAACGAGCUCCCGGCUGCCCCUGCGGCCCCGCCUCCAUCCCCGCCUCCCGGGCCGGCGGGGCGGACGAGUCUGGAGGGGCUGCGUGGGAGCCCCAGCUUUCUCUGGAUGAGGAGCACGCACCCCCUUUCCUGCUGGAAGACUAUGUGCGGAAACCGUGGCCAUGGCGUCGAUGCCAGACCCCGUGACCUUCCGAGAGUUCUGUCCACUGUACCGUCUCCUCAGUGCCAUCCCCGCCAAGGUGCAGAAGGGCUUCCGCUCCCUGGUGGUCUACCUCACGGUGCUCGAUGCCAAUGGGGACUACAUCGCGGUGGGCAGCAGCAUCGGCAUGCUCUACCUGUACUGCUGCCGCCUCAGCCACAUGAGGAAGUACAACUUCGAGGGGAAGACGGAACCCAUCACCGUGGUGAAGCUGCUGAGCUGCUUUGAUGACCUGGUGGCAGCCGGCCCUGCCUCUGGGAGGGUCGAAGUGUUCCAACUCGUGUCCGCACUGCCAGGGAGGAACAAGCAGCUUUGGAGAUUUGACGUCACCGGGGUGCACAGAAACAGCAUCACGGCACUGGCCUGGAGCCCCAAUGGGAUGAAACUGUUCUCGGGAGAUGACCGAGGGAAGAUUGUGUAUUCCUUUCUGGAUCUGGACCAGGGGCUCUGCAACUCACUCCUGGUGCUGGAGGAGCCGUCGUCCAUCAUGCAGCUGGAUUACAGCCAGAAGGUGCUGCUUGUGUCCACCCUGCAGAGGACUCUGCUCUUCUACACCGAGGAGAGGUCUGUCCAACAGAUCAGGAUGCAAGCAAGGAAGAGUACUGGAAAAUUUGGUGCUUGUUUUAUACCAGGACUGUGCAAGCAGAGCGACCUCACCCUGUAUGCGUCCAGGCCUGGGCUGUGGCUGUGGAAGGCUGACAAGCAUGGCACUGUGCAAGCCAUCUUCAUCCUGAAGGAUGUCUUUGUGGGUGGGGUCACGCCCUUCGAGCUGUACCCACGUGUGGAGCCCAAGGACAGGGGGGGCUGCGGCUCUCCCAAGAAGCACCUGGGGCUGGUGUCCUGCUUCUUCUGGGAGGGCUGGGUGCUGAGCUGGAACGAGUACAGCAUCUACCUUCUGGACACCAUGAGCCAGGCCACCAUUGCUGGUUUGGAAGGAUCUGGUGAUACUGUGUCUGUCUCCUGCACAGAAAAUGAAAUCUUCUUCUUGAAGGGAGAUAGGAACAGCAUUAGAAUUUUGAGCAGGCCUGAAGGACUAGCAUCAGUAGCAAAGGAUGGUCUGGAGGUGGUGAGACGUCUCGAACAUGUCCAUGCGCAGUGUCUGGAGAAGCCCCUGGGGGCGGCCACCUUGGAGACCAGGCUCAGAGGCUCCUCCCUGGCCAGCUCAGCAGCCAGCGAGCCCCGGAGCAGCUCGCUCACCUCCACUGACAGUGGCUCCAGCCUGUUGCCACCUGAGCCCCCAGCUGCCCCGGAACCUGGCAAGGGUGGCCAACCCACCCCACAGAGAUUCAGCGCCAUCAGCUUGGAGGACUUCGAGCAGGAGCUGGUUGUGAAGCCCAUCAGGGUGAAGAGGAGGAGGAGGAACAAGCCAGAAGGCGGCGGCAGUGAUGCUGUUCCCAGCUCCCUGGAGCUGACACCCUGCUCCAAGCUCCCCAGUGGCAGCCCAAGGUCCCUGAGCAUAGACCAGCUGUCAGUGGCCUCAAGUAUCAUGGGCAGCAGUGUGGACCAGCUGAGCACAAAGUCACCCGACCGGAAAAGCAGCCUUGGGGGCAGCGAGGUGAAUGGUGUCUUGCUGGAAAAUAAUGAUGCUGAAACGUUUAGUGUCCUGGAGGUGCCCGAAUCUGUCCCCGAUGUACUGGAUAAAGACAACGUUGCCACUGAACUUCCACAGUGUCACCUUGCAUGCAAGCUGGCACUGCUCCCUGGGGUGUUGAUGUUGCCCUUGCUCCCGAGGGAUGGUGUGGAAGGCGGAAGUGACCAAGGACACGAAGAACAGCCUGUUCCUGUGAACACUGAGCCCAGCCCCGGACAGGUGCUCUGCCCAGGCCAGGCCAGCUCUGCCCAGACCCCCAAAGGGGAGGACAUGGAGGCCAAGGGCCCCCAGAGCCCCUCUCCAGAACCCUCACUCCUGGACUUGCUCACGGCGACUCCCAGCUCCAGCUGCGCCCCGGGGUCAGCACAGUGGCUGUCAGGGAUCCUGACUAUAGAGGGCAUGGAGUGGGCCAGCAAAGAACAGGACGGCCCCGGCCACCUCAGCGCAGACCCCUGGCCUGCUGUCUCUGAUGAUGACACAGGGGAGCAGGAAAUGGCCACUUCCAAAGGUGACAGGGGUGGUGAGGGGACCCUGGUGGCUCCUCUGAUGACCUCCUUGGCGGCCAGCACCCACAAGCCUUGGCUCGAGCUGCCUUCCCAGGACCCAGGCCUGACAUCCAGCGAUGAGGAGGACAUCUACGCCCAUGGGCUGCCAUCUUCCUCCUCAGAGACUAGUGUGACAGAGCUCAGAGCGGGUUGCUCCCUGCAGGACCUGAGCCAGCCAGGGGCAGAUGACCCCACCCUGCUCAAGUCGGCAGGAGCCCUGCUCUGGAAGAUCGAGCAGGAGUCCAACCAUGCUUUCGUGUGUGGGAAAGUUACCAUCAAGGGCAAGUGGCACUGGUACAAAGUGCUGCCCCAGGCCGUGUUCGUGUCCCUGAGCGAUGACACGGCCUGGAUCAUCAGGACUAACAGUGACGUGUACCUGCAGACAGGGCUCAGCGUGGAUCGCCCCUGCACCUGCACUGGGAAGGUGGACUGUCCUUACCCGCUGGCCCAGAUCACCGCCCAGAACUUCGUGGUGUGGGCACUGACAGAGCAGAGGGCCCUGCUCUACCUCGAGGGCGUGAGCAGCUUCUGCCCCGAGGGGGAGCAGUGGAAGUGUGACAUCGUCAGUGAAAAGCAAGCCCUGGAGCCCGUCUGCAUCACUCUCGGGGACCAGCACACCCUCUGGGCGCUGGACAUCUGGGGGAAGCUGUGGUUCAGGACCGGCGUGGUGCCCAAGAAGCCGCAAGGAGACGACAACUACUGGCAGCAGGUGAGCAUCAUCGACUAUGUGGUGUUUGACCAGUGCAGCUUAUUCCAGACCAUCAUCCAUGACACGCACUCAGUGGCCACGGUGGCCCAAGUGCCCGUGGAGAAGGUGGCGGACAAACUGCGCAUGGCAUUCUGGUCCCAGCAGCUUCAGUGCCAGCCCAGUCUGCUGGGGGUGAACAGCAGUGACGUCUGGAUCUCCUCAGGCAAGAACGAGUUCCAUGUCCCCAAGGGAAGUCUUAUAGGCACCUACUGGAGUAAUGUCGUUCCCCAGGGGACAGCGUCUGCGACAAAAUGGGCCUUUGUGCUGGCUUCUGCGGCUCCCACCAAGGAAGGGAGCUCCCUGUGGCUGUGCUAGAGCAGCAAAGACCUGUGCAGCAUCAGGGCCCAGAGCGUGCAGUGCCGGCCAUCCACAGUGCAGCUGCCGCCCGACACUGAGGCGUGCGCCUACGCCGCCUGCCAGGAUGCUCUGUGGGCCCUGGACAGCCUCGGGCAGGUGUUCAUCCGCACGCUGUCCAAGAGUUGCCCCACCGGCAUGCACUGGACAAAGCUGGACCUCUCUCAGCUAGGAGCCGUAAAGCUGACCAGCUUGGCGUGUGGGAACCAGCACAUCUGGGCCUGUGAUUCCAGGGGCGGAGUUUACUUCCGGGUCGGGACCCAGCCUCUGAAUCCCAGCCUGAUCCUCCCGGUCAUCGAGCCUCCCGUCCAGCCCACCGGAGUCACCUUGGUCAGCGUCCACGCCAGUCCCAACGACCAGAUGCUGUGGGCACUUGACAGCAGGUGGAAAGUGCAUGUCCGCACUGGGAUCACCGAGGAGAUGCCCUUGGGCACUGACUGGGAACAUGUACCAGGGUUGCAGGCCUACCAGCUGGCACUGAGCACCAGGACCGUGUGGGCCCGCUGUCCCAACGGCGACAUUGCCCGCCACUACGGCGUCACAGACAAAAACCCUGCUGGCGACUGCUGGAAGAAAACCCCUGGAAACGCUUGUUUCACAGUGACCUCGUCAGAUGAGCUGUGGGCAGUGGGGCCCCCCAGCUGCCUCCUCCAGCGGCUCACGAGGACAUUCAUCCACGCACCUGGCACCCUGAGGAGCAGCCAGGCGGCCGUCCCUCACCCUGAGGACCUGGAGGACAAGUGGGAGGUCAUCUGAGGGGCCACACCUGGCCAGGAGAGGCCCCAGUGCUGGGCCCCACGGCGGUGUGGGAGCUGGCCUGGUGACACAUGUCCACACCCAGCCACACCAGCACCCACUCUUGUCAUCCAUCUUGUUCCUGUCUUGUUCGAGAACCCACAG